GUUGGUCUAGUUCGGUCCAGGGCCAUGAAGUGAAUCGAUAAACCUCUUCAUACCUCAUUUUUUCCAUCUGCAAAGUGGGGAUCAGUAGUAUGACUCCCUUCACAGGGUUGUUGUGGGAGCUGAUCACAUUCGUGGUAAGUCAGGCACACAGCAAGGGCUCAAUGAUUAUUAGUACGACUAUUUCGGGUUGGGUACAAGUGUCAUUUAUUUCUUUUUCUUUUUUUAGUUCUUUCUUUCUAAAAGGCUUAAUUUCUUUAUUCUCGAGAGACACACGGAGAGAGGCAGAGACACAGGCAGAGGGAGAAGCAGGCUCCGUGCGGGGAGCCCCACGUGGGAUUCGAUCCCAGGACCCGGGGAUCACAUCCUGAGCCGAAGGCAGAUGCUCAACCGCUGAGCCACCCAGGCAUCCGUAUUUAUUUUUCUUACUUAAUGGACAGAAUCUAUCCAAAUUGCUAAAAGCUUAGUCCAAAUGAAAAUGACCAAUAUCCAUGAGCUCUGGUCCCCCAAGAGGGAACACAAAGUCACGCGGAGAGGCCCUGGAGCUGGCUGCUUGGGCUCCAGAGCGGGCCCUGCCCCAGUCCCUAACCCAAAUCUCAAGUUGACUUGACCUCCCUCCUCAGUGUUUCCAUCUGUAAAACAGCCACGUAAGAGGAUCAGCCUCAGAGGGUGCGGCGAGCUCAGCAUGAGCUGAGAGACGAAGUGUCAGGACAGGGCCUAGCGCAGAGCCAACGCCGAGGAAGGGGGUGGCAUCCUCACCAUCGGUUUCCCCUGGAGUCGGCUCCUUAUCCCAGUGGGUGGCUGGCACUCAGGGGGUUAAUAUGAGGCGGGGCCGCGGCUGUGGGCUCGGGGCAGGGCUACUGUCCCGCCGAGUGUGGCCACCAGAGGGAGCAGCUGGCCCCCUCUGAGGCUUGGGGCCCGGCUCAUCACACCCUCCAGGGAGGGGGCUGGCUGGGCGAGCCCAGGAUGGGACCAGCACCCCCCCUUCCCCGGGGUCGCUCCUGCCACCCCACCCCCACCUGCAGAGCCAUCCGGUCCCCACCCUGGUGACAUGCUCCUCACACUCCGGGUGCGGUGGAGCGGGAAUCUGGGGAGGGGGCCGACUGAGAAGGGUCAGGGCAGCUCCGGCCCUUGCAGCCCCUCCCCUCCCAUGGGGCCAUCCAGUCCCUUCCUUAGGGCCGCUCUUCCUAUGGCCUCUGACCCCCUCCUCCCGCCGCGGCAGUGCCCAGAGGCGCACCCGGUGCCCCAGUGAGUCCCUUUCCCAAACCUCCAAGGAGAAGGGGCGUGGGAGGAAGGGGAGAAGGGGAAUUGGAAGGGGCGGUGAGAAAUAAAGACACCAGACAGAGGGACACACACACACACACAUACACACACACACAUACAGGCCGACAGACCGACAGAGACAGAAACAGAGAGAGACAAAGAAACAGAGAUAGAGAGACAAACAGAACUAAAGACAGAGAGUGGGAAGCGGACUAACUCACUGAGUCAGAGAGAGAGAGAGAGAGAGAGAGAGAGAGAGAGAACUAAGAAAAUUAGCCGCCCAGGGCAUACAGGAAGAGAAGGCAGCUGAGGAGAGACGGAGAAGGGAGAGACCCGGCGGCCGUGCUGUGCCAGCCGGCCAGAUGGGGGGCCGCCCGGCGGGGCGGAGGUAGUGGCCCGAGCCACCCACCGCGCGGGUGGGCAGCGAGCAGAGAGCGGCGGCCGCAGGGGUGAGGGGGCAUGGGAGGGGCGGGCGUGCUGCUGCUGCUGCUGGCCGGGGCCGGCGCCUGGAGGCCCCCCAAGGGAAAGUGCCCCCUGAGCUGCUCCUGCUCCAAGGACAGCGCCCUGUGCGAGGGCUCUCCGGACCUGCCCGACAGCUUCUCCCCGACGCUGCUGUCACUGAUGGAAAGGAAAGACAUCCAGGGUUGGGGCGGCGUGCCAGUGUCCCCCAGACAGGAGACGGCUCUGGGGCGGGACCGGAGCAUUGGGGUGGUUUUCUCCUCCGUCCCCAGCUCACUCGUGAGGACUGGAGUCACCCAGCUGAAGGCCGGCAGCUUCCUGAGGGUGCCCACCCUACACCUGCUCCUCUUCACAUCCAACUCCUUCUCGGUGAUUGAGGACGAUGCCUUUGCGGGUCUGUCCCACCUGCGGUACCUCUUCAUUGAGGACAAUGAGAUUGGCUCCAUCUCUAAGAACGCGCUCAGAGGACUUCGCUCACUCACACACCUGAGCCUGGCCAAUAAUAAUCUCGAGACCCUCCCCAGAUUCCUGUUCCGAGGCCUGGAGACCCUAACUCAUGUGGACCUCCGCGGGAACCCGUUCCAGUGUGACUGCCGUGUCCUCUGGCUGCUGCAGUGGAUGCCCACCGUGAAUGCCAGCGUGGGGACCGGGGCCUGCGCCGGCCCCACCGCUCUGGCCCACAUGCAGCUCCGCCACCUGGACCCCAAGACGUUCAAGUGCAGAGCCAUAGAGCUGUCCUGGUUCCAGACGGUCGGGGAGUCGGCGCUGGGCGUGGAGUCUUUCUCCUACCAGGGGGAGCCCCACAUGGUCCUGGCACAGCCCUUUGCCGGCCGCUGCUUGAUCCUGGCCUGGGACUACAGCCUGCAGCGCUUCCGGCCCGAGGAAGAGCUGUCCGCGCCCUCCGUGGUGUCCUGCAAGCCGCUGGUCCUGGGCCCGCGCCUCUUCGUGCUGGCCGCCCGCCUGUGGGGGGGCUCCCAGCUGUGGGCCCGGCCCGGCCCCGGCCUGCGCCUGGUGCCCACCCAAGCCCUGGCCCCGCGGCGGCUGCUGCGGCCCAAUGACGCCGAGCUCCUGUGGCUGGACGGGCAGCCCUGCUUCGUGGUGGCCGACGCCUCCAAGGCGGGCAGCACCACGCUGCUGUGCCAGGACGGGCCCGGCUUCUACCCCCGCCAGAGCCUGCACGCCUGGCACCGGGACACGGACGCCGAGGCCCUGGAGCUGGACGGCCGGCCGCACCUGCUGCUGGCCUCCGCCUCGCAGCGGCCCGUGCUCUUCCACUGGCUCGGGGGCCGCUUCGAGAGGCGCACGGACAUCCCCGAGGCCGAGGACGUCUAUGCCACGCGCCACUUCCAGGCUGGCGGGGACGUGUUCCUGUGCCUGACGCGCUACAUCGGGGACUCCAUGGUCAUGCGCUGGGACGGCUCCAUGUUCCGCCUGCUGCAGCAACUUCCCUCGCGAGGUGCCCACGUCUUCCAGCCCCUGCUCAUCGCCAGGGACCAGCUGGCCAUCCUGGGCAGCGACUUCGCCUUCAGCCAGGUCUUCCGCCUCGAGCCUGACAAGGGGCUCCUGGAGCCACUGCAGGAGCUGGGGCCCCCAGCCUUGGUGGCCCCUCGCGCCUUCGCUCACGUCACCAUGGCCGGCAGACGCUUCCUCUUCGCCGCUUGCUUCAAGGGCCCCACACAGAUCUACCAGCAUCACGAGCUAGACCUGAGCGCCUGAGACCCGCGGGGGCCUUGGGCAUGGCCCGGAGGGAAGGGGGCACCGGCGGCGGCAGUCCCAGGCCUCUGGACACCCCCCUGGACCGGCCUCCUGGCCCUCCUCGGGGUGCCGGUGCCUGCGAGGUCCUGACCACAGGCCAAGUUCAAGGCGAGAGCGGGCCCUCCGGUCUGACGCCACGCCUCUAAGGAUGACGUGGGGGCUCGGGCCGGGGCGCUGCAAGGAGCCGGGGUGCAGAGCCCCACGAGGUCCGGAAGCGCCCGUCCCGCCCGCACCCACCCUCCCGGCUCCCAGGGACAGGGCCGAGGCGCAGCCAGCCGUCCCCUCCCCUGAGCGCAGUCCGGCCAAUCGCUUUUAGCGCCCGCCUCCGUGACGUCACCAGUCGCUGGGCGGGGUUCCCCGCCGGGCUUGCUGAGGGCCUCUGCUGCCUGUGCGCAUGCCCGCGGCCGAGGCGGAAGCCCAGCGUGUGGGCCCUUUGCGCGUGCGCGGGGAGCAGGUGGGAGAGCGGGAGCUGCGGGUCUCCGCCGAGGGGCGGGGCUGAGGACCGGAAGUGUAUGAGCUCAAUAAACGCGCUGUGCACCUGC